UAUAUUCAACAAUACUUCAAAUCAGUACAAGCGUAUGCCACACCCGUGAAUUUAUGAUUUAGUAAUUUUAAGGUUUUGUUAAUUUUUCCCGAUAAAUAUAUAAAACAUUUAAGAAAUUAAGCUGCUUAUGUUUCUUAUUUAAUGUAAUAAAAGUUAGACUUCAGUUAGAAAAAGUGUGAUUCAGUAACGGUUAUAUGAUGGUUGUGAAUUAUUAUCUGGUGUGGAUUGUGGGAAUAAUAUCUCUUACUUCUUUUCUCGGAGUAAAGAGUCUUGAAUGCUAUGUGUGUGAAAAUCAAGAAGAUAACACUGAAAAGUGUGUUAAAACAAUUAAAACGUGUGAAUACAAUCAAGAUGUCUGCUUAACUGAAAUAAAGUGGGGUAGUACCCCAUAUUGGUCACAAGGAGCUAAAAAGCAAUAUUAUAUAUCGAAAAGAUGUUCUAAUAAAACAGAAUGUGCUAUAACAAGACAACAUUAUAUGCCCCUAUGUACUCAUAUAUGGUAUCAAGAUUGGAUUUGUUCUGACUGCUGCAGGGGUGACCGCUGCAACUAUUAUAUUAUUAGUGGAAGUGAGACGAAGAAGCCAGUAUUUCCUCUGUUAUUAGGAGCAGCAUUUUUAGCACAGCUACUUUUUAGCUUCUGAUUUACAAUUUGAUCAUAUUAAUUUAAUAUGAUAUUAUGCUAUAGUAACAUAAUAGUAUGAAUGCCUUGUUUAAUGUAAUAAGUAUUUUAAAUAUUUUUUAUAUUCCAAAUCCGUCCAGGAGUAAUCUCUCCAUUUUAA